AUGGCCUCGCAACCUCAUCAGACCGGUGAGACGACAGAGAAAGUCAUCAAGGUGCAAAUUCUCCAUUACAGAAACCCGAAUAUGACCGAAGAAGAAUACUACGACUACUGGACCAAGAUUCACGCUAAGAUGGCAGCACCCUGGCUCGCCAGAAAUGGAGUUUUGAAGUAUGCUAUCUACCACACACCAAAGGAGUAUCGCGACAAGCUUGCUCCAAUGGCACAGAACGCCGGCUGGAAGAUCCACGAGCACGAUGGCUCCGUCGAGCUUUGGGUUCGCAGUCUGGAUGAUCUUGCCCGCGCUACAAAAGACCCUGACUACAUUGCCAACAUUCAUCCCGACCAGCCCAAGUUCCUGGAUGAGAGCAAGACCGAGGUUAUCGUCGGUUGGGAGGAAGUGAGGGUCCGGGAUGGAGUUGUUGUCUGA